ACCGGAUGAAGAUAUAUCAUCACAGCCAGUUGUCCCUUUUGUUGGAAUGGUUUUUGACAAUGUUGAAGAAGCUCAGCGUGUUUACAAUGAAUAUGCCUCGAAGAUGGGCUUUGGAACUCGCAUUGUGACGUCAAAGUAUAGUAGGAAAAAUAGCUCGGAUAAGAAGCGCAUUCUAAUCUAUAGAGUUUUUGAGUGCAUACACUCACGGAAAAAUCCUUCGAAGAGUGUUGGUGGUAGCAUUUCUGAAGGGGCUGCAACAAAUGAGUGUGAUGAUGUUGAUAUGAGCUAUGCUAGUAACAAAAAAUCUCCAAGCAAACAAGCUGGCAUCUAUAUGGAUGUGAGCGACAAGAGGAAAAGAAAUCGGUUGGAGCGGUAUGAUUGCAAGGCUCAUAUGGGUGUUAACCUCAAAGACGGUAGCUGGGUUGUGACAAUUUUUGAGGCCGAUCACACACACCAGUUGAUGUUGCAAAGGGGGCGUCGGAGAUUUUGCCGCUCUCACAGAAAGAUCCCGGAUGCAGACAUGCAGUACAUCACUUCACUGCACUAUCGCAACAUAUCUACGGCUAAUAUGAUGGGCUUGCUUGGAGAUGCACGGUGUUGCGAUCCAAGGAGUUUGCCGUAUGUGAAGACUGAUGUGACAAAUGCAAGAGCAAAGUUGCGAAGGGGCCUAUCGGAACGUGAUUUGGAGCUGACAAUCGAGUACUUUGAGAGAAGACAAGUGGAGAAUCCAAACUUCUUUUUCUCGAAGCUAGAAGAAGAUGGAGCUGUUAGGGCGCUUUUCUGGGUUGAUGGGAGAACAAGGGCCUUGUAUCCAAAGUACAAAGAUUGUGUGUUUUUCGACACCACAUUCUGCACAAAUCGCUACAACCUGCCCUUUGCUCCAAUUGUUGGCAUUAACAACCACACACACACUGUUUGCUUGGGGUGUGCUUUGUUGCCUGAUGAGACCAUUGAAACUUUCAAGUGGGUCUUCCAGCAAUGGAUGUUGGCAAUGAAUAAUGAGCAUCCGUUGAACAUUAUGACUGAUCAAGACCAGGCAAUGGCUACAGCCAUCUCAAUGGUAUUCCCACAUUCAACACACAGAUGUUGCAAGUGGCACGUCUUCCGGGUUGCAAGAACAAAACUAGGGAGGAUGCUGGGCAAGGAUGAGCCUUUUGCAGAAGCAUUCUAUGGUUGCAUUAAAGGUUCAGACACCGUUGAGGAGUUUGAAGAACGGUGGAAGCAGAUGGUCGAGGUGUUUGGUGUGGCUGAUAAGAAACACCUCAAAAACAUGUGGAACAGCAGGGAGACGUGGGCUCCUGUGUACUUUAGGAAUAAGUUCUUCCCAUUCACAGGAACAACUGGGCGCUCCGAGGGCCUGAAUUCCUACUUCAAGACAUUAAAUCAUCAUGGAGACUCGGUUUGGACCUUUGUGCAGCAGUUUGAGCUUUGCCAGGAGCUGAUGCUUGAUCGUGAAGACAAUGCGGACUUCAUCAAUGAAGCGACGAGGCCACCACUCUGGGGCAAUUACAACAUUGAGAAGCAGGCUGCUGAUUUCUAUACCAGAGAGGUAUUUUUCAAGUUUCAGAAACUAUUGGCUAAAUCAACAGGCUAUGGGUUGCAAUACCAGCUGCAAGGGAAUGUCGGCUGGUUUCGUCUUGUUGCAAAUGAUGGCAUGAACCCUAAAGUGUACACGGUGCGUGUUGCCCCUGAUGAUCAGACAUACAUGUGCAGUUGCAACAUGUUUGAGAUGUGUGGGCUGAUCUGCCCACAUAUCAUCCGUGUCAUGGUGCACCUGAACGUGCAAGCGAUACCUGCGAAUUACAUGCUUCCAAGAUGGUCUAAGAGAGCAACCGACCUUGCACCUGAACCAGGCGAUGGGCAUAGAGCUAUGCAUUUCGGCGUCCCCACAACAAACACCCUAAAGUUUAACUCUCUCUGCCGGAAGUUUGGGAAACUCGCUUCUGAUGCAUGCUUCAAUGAUGAAGCUUAUAGUUUUGUCUCUGGGCUAAUUGAUCAGGGUAGUGUUGGGGUUGCUGAAAUAAAAGCUAGAGCGAUCGAUGAAGUUGCACGAGGCGAAGAAGCCCAAGGUCAUGCAGCAAAUGAACAACUCUCAGGGGGUCCCAGUACAGGGCAGCAGGAUCCACCCCCCGUAGGACUACGAAACCCACCAAAGUCAGCAAAGAAGGGGAGGCCAAAAGAAAAAGAGAAGCGAAGGAAGCCACUAAUUGAGCUUCGAGAAGAUGAAAUGAAGAAGAAAGCAAAGAAGGACGCAGCGAAAACGAAGAAAGCUCCAAAGCCAAGGGAAAAGAAGACUCCAUGCAAAUAUUGUGAAGAUGAGGAUCACAACGUGAAGAACUGCCAACUCCUUGCCGCUUUUCUUGCUGCGAGUGCGAGCGCGAAAGCUCCAGGUGUCGGGCCAAUCCUUACACUUUAGGAUGUUUCGUGAGGGGAACAAUGAUGAAUUACCUUGUAACACCCCAUGUCUUAUGAUAAAAAGUUGUGUUGACUAGUUGUGAAUGUUUGUGUUUUGG